AUGUCUACUCAUCAGAAUCCUACUUUGUUGAAACAAGUAUUGGCAACCACACCAUUGUUUCACCUUAUUCCCAAACAGAACUUGAGUCCGUUGAUCAACUUGCCCCUGCUUGUUCCCAUAGCAGAUGAUACUGCUUUAAAUGAGCAUAUAAUACGCAGUAUAGGAGCCUUUGAUACUGAGCAAGCUAGAGAUUUUGAACGAGAGUGUCAGCAAGAGCUAUUAGAUUAUGUUGACUCGGAGUUAGAUGCAAUCAAGUAUAAGCUAUUUUCUACUCACGCAAAGGAAGAUGCAGUCGCAAGGGAAUAUUCAGACCUUGAUGCUCAGAUAUUGGACAAUGAGUAUAUCGACUCUGGAAAAAUCCUCUCCGGGACUGGUAACGAACUUGUGAAAACGGGAAGACUAUCUAUUCGAAAAAAAACACCAGCUGGUGAUGAAACGUAUGUCCCCAAACAUAAUCAAAAGUACUUUAGGAAAUUCGAAAAGGAGUUUAUGCGUUUGAACCCAACUUUGGAUGAGGGCAGUCCCAGUGUUUCUGAUGAUGACUUGGUUCCCAUUGUCAGUAUUAUCCCAUCCAAAGCAGGUGGUCAUUUGAAGAAACUUAAUUUCGGAAGGUUUAACCAGUUCCUUCGCGGUGGACAGAAAUUGUUUACGUGGGAGGAUAUGGUGGUCAUUUGUGAAACAUUAAGCAAUAUUGACAUGUUUCUGGACCAGGAUGCUAAUGAUAUAGUCAAGAUUCUUGAAAUCUGUUUCGUUGCAUUGUCUGAAGCAUUCAACAAGUUGAAAGAUCACAAGAUUGUUGAUUUCGAUGACGUUAAAUCAGUCUUGUCCGACAUAUUAUGCGCUACAUUUGCAUCCAAGGCUUUGAUCAUCAUUAUCAAAUACCAGAUUGCCAAAGGAGUCAAAAUGUCAUUCAGCAAGUACACCUAUCUCAUCGCUCAAACACUAGAAUACGUCUCUGAAUAUUUUGUUCUUUCGCUUGAGAAAUUUACAACCGAAGACGCAGAUGAUUUGUCCAAAAGCUUAAUUCACAAGCUGAUUACCGAAACCUGUAACAGAUUAAAGCAAUUGGCAUCGUUGACAAGCAUGUCCUCUUUUGAAGAGCAAACAUUGACAAAAUUGGAGAUGUUAUGCAUCAACAUUGCCUUUAGCAGCAAGAUAAAUGCAGCCCAAAAUUUGCAAUCACUCAUACCAGUUGAUGUACUUCAAGUAUCUGCUGGGCAAUGUUUGGUUAUGCUUUACAAAAACUCCAUUGAUCAAAGGGCUUUUUUGCUUCAAGAAGUGCUCGCAGGCUUCGCUAUGAUGAAUUCGAAAAAGGGCGCGGCUAAAAAGUUCAUGACAAAGCGUGGGUUUGAUAUUCAUUUAUUUACCAUGAUUAUAAAUCAAUUUGCGUGUUGUUUUGUUGAAAGUGAAGGUUACUCAUCCGAUUUUAUGGAUUAUGUUUCUCGAGAAUUGAUUUCAAAAGUACAAGCAAAUCCAACAGAAUUACGACCUAAACUUUCGUUCUUGAUUGCUGACUUAAUGCAACUACUAUAUCUCCCGGAAUGGCCAGCAGCAGAUUUAUUUAUAAUAUCUAUUGCUACUUGUUUGAUUCAAGUUUUGAGCUUACAAGAUGAGCAAAUUCUCGCGGAGGUCCAAUUUUUGGAUAUUUUGCAGGACUUGGCGGUGAAAUUUCUCGGAAAGCCCAAUGAUGGUACUUCAGUGGGAGAAAAGGAGGUGAUGACUAUUUUGGCAAAUUGUAACGAAUUUGACAAAGGGGAUGCGUUGCCAUUUUUGAAAUCGAAACUACAAAACCUUACUGGAUUCACCCUCGAAUCUGAACCGACAAAAAGUAGUGAGACUACUAACUCGGCCUACAAGAGUCUUGUACUGAAUCACCUUGUCAAUUUCAUCACCACAAAGUAUUUCAACUUUCUCGAGACCCAAUUAAGUAGCUCAAGAGCUAAAGCCAGAGCUAAAGCCAUCAAAGGGUUGCUUUUAUUUGUGUCAAAGUCUCCUCAGUUGCUAUUAUCUGCUCAGCUACAGAAGCAACUAUCAUCACGAUUGCAAGAUCCUGCCGCACUGGUUAGAGAAGCCAUGCAUGAGUUUCUCAAUGAACACAUUUCUAAAAACCCUGAGGAAGCACAAAAGUUGAUCUACUUAAUGUAUUUGGCUAUGGAUGAUUCCAGUAUAACUGUUCGAAAAAGAAGCAUCCAAUCUUGCAUGGCUGUUUUCCCAUUGGUUAGUGAGCCGGUCAAACUACGUAUUGGUGAGAAAAUUCUCGAAAAGAUAUAUGAUGAGGAAGAUGCCGUACGCAACGAAGCCAUUUCAACAUUAAAGAAUCGAUUCCUUUUCCAACCACCAGAACUUUACUUGACAAACCCUGGAGCUGUCGACAUUAUAAGAAUUGGCAAAAGUAAGGGUACAAAAUUAUUGAUGUCCUUUUUCAAGGAUUAUAUAUUUACCGACUCCCAUGCUGUCAAUUUUGUUGAUUCUUUGGUUUUGUCCUCGAUGCAGCUUGUAAGCAAUGCAGAGGACGUUGAAGGGGGGAUGUUGUUAUUGUCUAUGCUUGCCCAGUUGAACCCUAACCUCGUCACUCAAGAUACAUUGGUUGAGCUAAAAAGCUUUUAUCUCGACGAAGCAAAUGUAAAUACUGCCGCUUACAGCUAUGCUCUUGGGAUUCUUGAAACAACCACAACUCGCCUUAAAGGUAUCCGUCCUGAAUUUUCUAUUGAAAUUCAAUCAUUCUUGUUGUCCAAAAUCAUCAAUUUUCAUCAAAAGGACAUGUUGACCGCCACUGCAGCUUUGUGGAAUUUGAGUAGACUAAGCUCCACUGAGGGUAAAAUCGCCAAUGCAGUUGUGGGAACUUUAAAGUGGGUUAGAAAACUGUGCAAUGAAAAAAACUACAAGCAGCUUCCUAAGUUGGUACAGUUGUUGGGAUGUUUUGGUAAACUUCUUGAUCUUCAGCUAUUCCAAAACGUUUUCAUAAAAGAGGGAUUCAUGUCUGAGCGUGAUAGUGUUAUGAGCAUCCUAUUUAAGCAUAUAUUGGCUUUUACGAAGCCAGAGUACCCUGCAACACUACGCAAAUAUGCACUUUCUAAUUUGGUAUUGGCGUGCUCAAGUCAACCAAGAAUGAUCACCCAUCCAACGGUAAUGGCUCGUUUAUUGGAAGCUAUAAAGACAGAACCCGCUAAUGUAAAGUGUGCCAUAAUCCAAAACAUCAACAUUUAUCUCGACGACUAUGGAACCGUUGAUGCUGCGCCACUGGACAAUUUCAGAUCAAUUCAAGAAGUCUCAAAUGUCCAGCAGAAUGCAUGCAAGGUUUUGGUUGAUACCUACUUUGACGAAAUCAUCAAACAAUGUACGUCAACUGAUAUUCAAUUGGUGUUGGAAUCGUUUUUGUUUGUGCGAAUGUCGUUGGAGAUGGGACUUGCUAAUCCAAUUAAAGGAAUUGCUAUGGUUGUCGCUUUACAAGGCUCGCCAACUUUAACUCUUCAAAAAGCGGCAUAUGAUUUGUACAAGUACUUGUUUGACAAGUACAAACCGAUUGUGGAAUCGCAAUUUGCCGAUGGUAUCAGGCUAGCUUAUGCCGCGGGUCAGAUUGCUAGAAACAUGUUUGUAUUGCUUUACAAUGUUGCUGGGGAGUCGAGAACUUCAAGAAAUAAAUUUAUCAAGUCAGUGUCAAAGUUCUUUGUUGUUAAGCCAAAAAGUAACUAUUUAGCUGAGGAUUUGAAGUUUGUUCUUUUUGUUAUUGAGAGGGUGUCGUUGAUCAAAUAUAAAACGAUUGAGGAAGUGUAUAUAAUCUUGGACCAACUACAACAAGUUUUGCAAAAUUAUGCGCCGGAUUACAUUCAUGACCUUCGCGGAACACAAGUUGGCGAUGAAAACAGCAGUGACAUGGCAUACUUGAUCUACCUGAUUCUUGAUUUCUACAACUAUCUUUCGGCAAAAUACAACAUCAGCAGUGAAAACAUCGAAGGUUUCAGUUCCCGUUGUUUGGAGAUUGAUUUUCUGCAAGCACCAACCAUUGUCAGCACACCGAUUCUCCAUGUGGAUUGGAUUUUCACCAAUAUGUGUAAUCUCGACUCGCUAAAAUUUGUUGUUAAAGAGAUCCGCAGGUCUAUAUUUGUACAUGGUGGUGAAUAG